AUGGCAACCCCACAACCAUGUGUUUGUUGUCCUUUCUCAUCAUCCCUGUCUGCUAGAGAGACACAUGAUAAUGACAAUGAAUGGGAAGACUUGGAAGAACUAGAUGACGAGAAGGAAGAAAAGGAAGAUUGCACCAGGGAAAUGGAGAUCUUUGUGACUUUGACAAAGUCAGAGAAGAACAGUUAUGGAUUCUCUGUAGUUCUUAGCAAAGCUGACAACUGCCUGUAUGUUGAUGAAAUCUUGUAUGAGCCUGCCCUGUCUGAUGGAAGACUAAGAAGGGGAGACAGAAUCAUUAUGGUGAAUGGAAUUGAUGUCACAUCUUUACCAUGCAAUGAAGCCCUGACUUUACUGCAAAGCUCUCCUCCUGAUCUGCAUCUUGUGGUUUGUCGUGCUGACAGUGAUCCAAGUUCCUCUAUUAGGCCAGAUGAGAUUCCUGAAAUUACUCUCGCAAAAGGUGCCAAUGGACAGCUAGGCUUAAAGUUGACAGGAGGAGCUGGAAGCAAGUUACAAGGUAUUUAUGUGGUAGAGGUAGUGCCUGGCUCUCCUGCCAGUGUGGAAGGCAGUUUGCAGCCACAAGAUCAGAUUGUUUACAUCUGUGGACUGUGGACUGAGGGAAUUAGCCUGGAUGAUGCAGUGAGAGUGUGUGAAGCUGCAACCCAGAAUGUCCAAAUCAAAGCCAUAAGAAAUGGCAAUCCAGUGGUUCCUAUAGAGCAGAAAAAUACGCCACCUGCUGAAACAGAAAAAGCCAGUAUUUCCCUCUCAAAUGAAAACCUGAAUUCCCGAGAAAAGCAUCUGCUGCAUCAACAUGAGAAACCUUUGGAGGAAACAAACUGUGGUACUCAGGAAACCACCCCUGAUUCUCCACAGUGUAAGGACUUCAUUAUUAAGAUUGAACUGGAAAAAGCAGAAAAUGGAAGCCUAGGAUUUGCACUGGUAGGUGGAAGAAACGGCAGAGCUAUCCUAAUAAAAGCCAUCAGCCCAGACAGCAUUGCAGAUCUAGAUGGGAGGCUUCAAGUUGGUGACAUUCUACUUAAGGUGAAUGAGACUUUUGUGUCUGGUCUGCCACGCCACACAGUUAUAGAUUUGCUGCGCAAGGCUCAUGGCACGAUCCAACUCACUGUCUGCCGAAGCAUGGCUCUGCACUGGGCUUAUUCAGACAAUCAGAGCCACAGCACACCUUCCCCCCAGGACACAAAAGCAGAGCCUGACAGUGCUGGGGGAAGGCUGCGAAUUCACCCUGUUUUCACCAUUAACAAAGAAGAAGAAUCCAACCAGAUGUGCACCAAGGAUAAAGAAAGUACACACAAUUCCCCUCUGCCAGGUCAGCUGCCUGCAAAAGACUAUGAGGAUAUAACCAGUAAUAUUUCAGACAGAUCACAGAAACAAGCAGAACAUGAAGUCUGCAGAAGAGAGAGUCAGCAGUCCGAGUCAGACAGCUGGAACAAUGAAGAUGAUGAUCUGCCCCACAGGAUUUCCGUUCUACCUAGAAGUAGAACCUUUACUUCUGGAGAUGAACUGACUUGGUUAAUUAACAUUAAACCAUCACUGACUGGAGUAGGUCCAAGGACUGGCAUUACAGGUCUUAUUCGAGGCCUUCAAUUGCGGAUUGAGAAUCAAGAGGUGUUAAAGGAGUUCAUGGCUUUACAACAUGUGAAACCAAUAGAUGACUGCAGAACUGGAAAAGCACCAGAAAACCAGCAUAAAAACAGAUACCGAGAUAUUCUUCCAUAUGAUAAAACACGAGUUCCUUUGGGUGAAAAGAAUGGCUACAUUAAUGCAAGCUACAUUAGAAUGAAAGUUGGAGAAGAGGAGCAUUUCUAUAUUAUAACCCAAGGACCUCUGCCAUCCACUAUGGUUGAUUUCUGGCAAAUGGUCUGGGAGAAUGAAUCAAAUGUGAUUGCCAUGAUGACAAAAGAAGUGGAGCUAGGCCAAGUCAAAUGUCAUCAAUACUGGCCUGAACCUCCCCAUGACUCUAUAGACCUGGCUAAUUUCCACCUCAGAUUAGACAAUUACCAGAUUCUGGAACACUUCAUAAUUAGAACAAUAGAAAUUAUCAACAAGCAGACAGAAGAGAAGCGCAUUAUAAGUCAUUUGCAGUUUACCACUUGGCCAGACCACAGUGCUCCCAAACUGGCUGAACAGCUUGUAAAAUUUAUUUGUUGCAUGAGAAAAGCUCACAGUACAGGACCUAUUGUUGCCCACUGCAGCACUGGCAUUGGGAGAAGUGGAGUUUUGCUGUGUGUUGAGCUUCUGCUCACCUAUAUAGAAAAAGAUCUAUGUUUCAACAUCAAGCAGAUAGUGAGAGAUCUGAGAGAUCAGCGUUGUGGCAUAAUCCAAAGUAAGGAUGAGUAUUUAUUCUGUUAUGAAGUAGUGCUGGAAGUUCUUCAGAACCUUCAAGCAACAGAUUCCCUCUGA